AUGAUUCUCCGCAAACUGGUGGGACUAAUUACUUCUAGACUGUCAACUAGUGUAUAUCUUGUUUUCGAGUACACGGAACAUGAUAUUGUUGGUUUAUCAUCUUGUCCUGACAUCAAGUUCAGUGAAUCACAGGUUAAAUGUUAUAUGCAUCAACUACUAUCUUGCCUUGAACACUGUCAUUCAAGAGGUAUAAUGCACAAAGAUAUCAAGGGAUCCAACCUUCUUGUUAGUGAUGAUGGAGCUCUGAAGAUAGCUGAUUUUGGCCUGGCAAAUUUUGUUAGUGUCAGGCACAUUCAACCAUUAACUAGUCGAGUUGUUACUUUAUGGUAUCGGCCUCCUGAACUUUUGCUUGGAUCCACUAGUUAUGGGCAAUCUGUUGAUCUAUGGAGUGUUGCUGAUGUGGUUGAUUGGGUCUGUGGUGUUGAAUACCAACUCGCAGAUGGAAGGAAAUGGAGUAUGAUAGGAGCAGUUGUUGUUGCUUAA